GUUGACGUGUUGUUCAAGGACGGUGUACCCGCGGAUGGGAGUAAAUUGUCUUUCCAGUGUUCCUGUCGGUCUCUCUUAAUUAUUCUGUUGUCUCAUCAGUCCACGUCGAUCUUUAGCGGCAUUUGGCGUUGAUUCCGGCGCAACUGAAAUACUCGACGGGUCGAGCCAUGGCAUUGUCGAGAUGCGGCAGCGUGGAGAUGCUGAACACCUUGACUCGCGUCUCGCGCACAGCAUUCCUGGAGAUGCAGUGUGCGACUUCAGCGGCAGUUCACCGGAAGCAGCAGCCGCUGCACCUGACCAGCGCACGUUGCUAUCCAGAUCCACCGACUCUGACUCUGCCGAUUAACGUUUGUGACAUCUUCGCCAACGAGACCGGUCGCUUCGCGCCGGAACGCGCGCGCGACAUCGCCCUGUACGCUGAGAACGGCGGCAGCGCCGUCUCUGCGGCGAAUUGCUCCGGAUUUCCCGAGAUCCGCGACGACAGCCACGUGGACUCGUACGAUUGUUUCGGCGCGGUCAGCCUGAACGGCACGAUGCAGAGCAACGUGCCGAAGCCGUUCUCCUCGUGCGGCAAGUCCACGCACCUUAACAUGCCCGGCGGACAGUGGUCCCGCGACAACAAAUACAUCGCCGAGGAUAUGCAGCGCUCCCACUACCGCAAGUUGUCGUGUACCGCAACUAAUGCCUUCAUAACGAGCCCGCUUUUACGAGCGACAUAUUGGCCAAUUUGUACCAUCAGAAUGAGCUACUCGACCGACAACUCCAAGGCGGCUCAGAAGAGUCAGGUCGCGGUGCCGAUGUCCCCAAUGACGAAGAAGGAAAGAUUUCGCCUAAUGUUGAGGGAUUAUGGAGGCACCCUUCUCGCCUUUCAUAUCACUAUAUCACUGAUAAGCCUCGGUGUUUGUUACACGGUGGUCAUUAGCGGGAUCGAUGUAACGCCGUUCGUGCAAAAGUGGACAGGCGGGAAUGAACAGAUAGAUAGCCUGUUGAAAACCUCGACGGACUUCAUAAUAGCGUACACAGUUCACAAAGUGCUCGCACCUGCUCGAAUAGGGAUAUCCUUAACCGUGACUCCACCGCUUGUAAGACGUCUGAGGAAAAUGGGCUUGCUUAAGAUGCCGAAACAAAAACCAUCACCACCGUCACCACUAACGCCACCACCACCGCCAGCGUCCUCGUAAGAGCUCCAAAAUAAUUAUUUCUUUUACAAAAAGAUUUAGUUAUUAAACAUCGUAUUUCGAUGAGAGAUGACUAAUAAUAAUGGAGCCAUUUUCAAAUGCGGUGGUAGGGCUGUGAAAAGAAAUUUUUAAAAGUCGCAAAAAGUGAGAUUUCUCAACGAGCAGGAUACAAUUCCUUUUGUAAAUGAUAUCUGUUGUAUGUAUUGUAUAGGAUAACUUGUACAAAUUUAAAUGAAUCGAUAGUUUUGAUAAUAGAGAAAUUUUGCUAUUGGAUAAAUUGAUGUAUAUAGGCAAGGCUAUUAUCUUCUUCCGUAUAAUUCAAAAGCUUAAAAUUUUAAUACAAUUUUUAUCCGCACAUAAAAGGUGUAGGCAUUUAUAUUUUGUGUUAUCAAUCUUUUAUAAAGAAAUUAUUAUCUGUAAAUAAACGUUAUGAAGAUGAAA